UGGACCAAAGAAAUUAACACGCUAACUGACAGCACACAGCAGUUUAUCGUUGGCACGAUGGCAGCGGUUGAUGUUGAGAGGGUGGAGCAGGGUGUUAGAAACCUGAAGCUUGCAGGUCAUGUUGGUUUCGAUAGUCUCCCAGAUCAGCUUGUGAACAAAUCUGUACAGAAUGGGUUUGUGUUCAAUAUACUGUGUAUUGGUGAGACUGGUCUUGGAAAAUCAACCUUGAUGGACUCAUUAUUUAAUACAAAUUUUGAAUCUACUCCGAGCCCUCAUAAUCUCCCCUCUGUUAAAUUGAAAGCUCACACAUAUGAACUACAUGAGAGCAAUGUAAGAUUGAAGCUCACUAUAUGUGACACUGUUGGUUAUGGUGACCAAAUUAACAAGGAAGACAGCUUUAAAGCUGUUGUUGAUUACAUAGAUGCACAGUUUGAAGCGUAUUUACAAGAAGAACUCAAGAUAAAAAGAUCCCUUUCAACUUACCACGACAGUAGGACUCAUGUUUGCCUCUAUUUCAUCUGCCCUACAGGCCAUGGAUUGAAAUCUAUUGAUCUUGUAUGCAUGAAAAAAUUGGACACAAAAGUUAAUAUUAUCCCAAUUAUUGCUAAGGCAGAUACGAUCUCAAAGACUGAACUCCAGAAAUUUAAGCAAAAAAUUAUGUCAGAGUUGACAAACAAUGGGGUACACAUUUACCAGUUCCCUGUAGACGAUGAGUCUGUGGCAGAAAUUAACACAACAAUGAAUGCUCACGUCCCAUUUGCUGUUGUUGGCAGUACUGAUUUUGUGCGUGUAGGCAACAAGAUGAUGCGUUCCAGACAAUAUCCUUGGGGUACAGUGCAAGUUGAAAAUGAAUCUCAUUGUGACUUUGUGAAACUUCGUGAAAUGUUAAUAAGAACUAAUAUGGAAGAUAUGCGAGAGAAGACACAUAUGAGACACUAUGAAUUGUACAGAAAAAAGCGCCUUGAACAGAUGGGCUUUAGUGAUGUUGAUUCUGACAACAAGCCUGUAAGUUUCCAGCAAACAUUUGAAACAAAACGCAGCACUCACCUUCAAGAACUACAACAAAAAGAGGAUGAAAUGAGACAGAUGUUUGUGGUACGUGUAAAGGAGAAGGAGGCAGAAUUGAGAGAGGCAGAAAAGGAGCUUCAUGCAAAAUUUGAUAAGUUGAAGAAGGAACAUGGUGAAGAAAAGCGGAAACUGGAUGAAACCAGAAAGAAGCUGGAAGAUGAAAUAAUUGAAUUUAACCGGAGGAAGCAGCAGUAUCAGCAGCAGAUGUCUUCCAGUCACCACACCCUUACCCUUGGGAAAAGCAAGAAGAAAUAAGUUACAUGACACAUUACCUAUAAUUUUUAUAGCAUAUACAAUGAUUUAUUUAUGCAGAGAUAUUUAUAUGUGGAAUUUAUGAAUUAGAGUUAUUUUAUUAACAUUAGUAGUUUUAUAUGGAUAUUGUAUUGCCCACUUCUUCAAAUUGCACUCAGAAAUAAGUGGCACAUCAUUUAUAAUAUAAAUUUAUAUUCAAACAUUACACAUUCAGUAUUUUCAUACUAAUUUCUUUGCCUACCUAUCUGUGAUAUCUGCAUAGAAGUUAUCAUUUCAUCAUUCCAGAUGAUUAUUUAUUGAACUGUAACAGUAUUUUAUUCUGAUGUCAUUUUCUGUAGUAUUUACUAUUAUGUUACUGAAAAAAGUUGUUCAUUUUUACCUUUAUAUCAGUCUGAAAUAAAGUUGUAAUUUGCAGUUGUAGAAA